AUGGAGUGCCUGGCAUGCGCGUGGGGCGACAUCGAGCGGCCGCCCGCUGGUUGGAUCGACAUGGCCAUCAGCCUGAAGGUCUUUAUCCAGGGAGCACGUCCUGCGGUCUAUGCGCGGGUUGGUGCGGAGGGGCAUAUGCCCGUCUUCGGCGAGGGGAGGAGGUCGGGGAGGGCUGGCUGGGUGGAGGACAACGUGUUCGCAGCGCUGGGCCUGCAGCGGGUGAGGAGGGCCCGUCCCUUGAUCCAGGCGGACGGCGAUCUCCUGUUCUGGCCCGUGCAAAACCGCGAUGGCGGUCAACUCUCGUUCGCAAGCUCCGUGUUCAAGGUGGGGUUCAAGCCGCGGCAGAGGGGCAGGUGCCAUGAGGACGAGGAGGACCGGAAGAGCAUCGUGCUGGAUCCCAUGCAGCGGGUGCAGUGCCGGGGAGGCGUGACGCUGGUGAUCCUCUCCUUCCGUCCCCAGCGCCCCCGCGCGUCGGUCAGCACGGGCAUACGGUCAGGGAUCGUCGAGUGUGAGAGGAUAUCGGAGGCGGACAACGCGCACAGCACCGGAUACGCUGCAAACUACACCCUUCAGGGUGGAGCUGGAUUUGGAGGGCAGCCGCAGGGCGGCAUGCAGGGGCAGGCGCAGGGCCAGGUGCAGGGGCAGCCGGCAGGGUCCAACCCAACCAAGGUCGUCGAUGCCAAGGGUGAGGUCAGGAACUUCAACGACAUGACCCCGGUGCUGCAGCACAUCAAGAGCCUGGAGGAGGUGAACCAGAAGCUGAAGUCGCAGGUCGAGGAGCUCAUCAACAAGAAUAGCAAGCUGAGCGAGAGGACGAGGCACGACAUGCAGAAGGUGCUCGACACCGUGAUGUCAAAGUUCGCGGACGCCCUCGAGACCAACGAUGCGGGCACCAAGGAGCGGCUCCUGACCGGCAUGAAGAGGCUCGUGGAGAACAGCGCCGAGGACAACGGGGUGUGGAGGAUGAUGGUCUGCGCAUCCAUCGCAACAUCGGAAGUCGCACCCUCAGGGCAGGGGCUGCAGAGCUUCGACUCGAGCUCGGCGAUCUUGUCAAGCCCAUUGUAG